GUACGGUACAAACCUCCAACUGCUCUCCUGCGCCAUCUCCUUCAUUCAAUACCCCACCAUCUCUCGCUCGAUUUCUUCUUGACCCGUCUCCACCAGCUUCUCUCACUCACUCCGUUCCCACCAUAUCCCUCUCAUUCGAUUUGUUCCUGACUCCGCGACCCUCUCUCACUCUGCCACCGUACCCUCUCUUACUCGCUGUCUCUCUCACUCAGUCCGGGCGGCCCAGAGCCAGAGCCACCGCCGGCCGGGUCCAUCUAUUAUGGAAAUGGGGUUCACCGAUUUAGUUUCACACAGAUGAGAUGGUAUCACUUCAGGGUUCUAAUUUUGCAUCUGUUAAUAUAUAUAUAUAUGUUUAUGUAUGUAACGUAUAUCUGUGUGUUUGUGUAAAAUCUUGAUUUUUGGUGUAUGUGAUCGGUGGAGUUUAAAAUGGAAGCUCUCCUUCCUCUUUUUAGACGAUUGUGAUUCAUUAUUCUCUUGAACACUUUCUAUGGAAUUAAUUUUCAAUACUUGUCUGAUAUGCCACUUUUAUUGUCAUCUUUAUGUGGUAAUAUUACAUUACCUAUUAGUUUAUAACACUGCCACAAAAUGACAUCCGGGUUUGGUUCGGGUGUCAAAUUAAGGAGUAGUUGCUCAACAUGUAUACCAUAUAUAAAUUAAAAACAAAGCAUACAAUUUAUAUGGUUCAGUCAUAGUAAAAACAAACCUUUGUGGUGUUCCUUAAAUUCUACACAGAGGAGACGGUAAUGGGGCAACAAUCCUGAGAGAAAUAUUAGAGAAGAGGAUUAACUUUUAUGAAUUCACGAGUUCAACUGAAAUUAAUCUCAGAUUCUAUCCAUUUUUUCUUCAGUGUUGGAGUUAGAUGAGUCUGUUGAAAGAUGAGCAGAGUGCAUGAGAAUAAUGGAACGAUUUCUAAGUAUUUGUAUGGACUGAGUUGGUUAAUGUGAAAAUUUGUGUCUUAGGUAGAGUUGUUACAAUGUCUGGUCUUAUUUAGAUUAUAAUCUUUUCUGGAAAGAUGGAACUCUUCACUAUGAAAAGAUGCGACUGUUUCCAUUUUUUUAUUAAAAUUUAUUAUGUGAAAAGUUAUCACUGUUAGCAUUACAACCUUUUCAAUAAUAGAGAUAUGGGAUCUUUGAUUGUGUUGUCCUGGUAUUGAAAUAUAUAUGGUCAUUUUCAACAUAGAAAUAAUAAUGAUGAUGAUGAUGAUGAUGAUCCAUGGUCUUUUCUGUGCAAUUAUGAAAUUAAAUAGACCUUUCAUGUUUUUUAACAUGGGAAAGUAGGUUUCGGGUUCCACGUUUCGCAAGAUACUUUAUAAGCAUUUAUGGAUAUGCAUUAUGGGUCAUUAGAAAAUUAUGUUUUGUAUUGUUAAUGCUUUCUAUUUUAAAUUUUUAUUUAUGUAAUUAUUUAUGUAUUUUGCUCAUAACUCAUGUUUGUGAAUUAAUCAAUUUAGCUAUUAUAAGUUGUUGAUUUUGAUCACAUCCCUUUAUGCUUCUCGCCCACUGGAAGCAUGUUCAAUUUUUGGAUAUUAAAAGUUAAAAAGGCUUCACAUACAGUGUUUUGCCUCAUCGUAAUGUUUGUGUGAUAAGCAUCCUAUAUAUAACUAUUUGAAUUAUAGUAUAUGAUUACUAUCUUACCAUUGUCUUAUAAAAGAGAAAUUCAAAUUAGCUGCUUACUUUGCGAGAACAAAGCGGUUCUAAGUAGUUUCGUUAUCCCAAGAGUGUUCUUAAGAGAAAUGUUGUAUUAAAAGUAUGUAGGUGUUGACAUUGAUGAGAAGAGUUGCCGACCACGGUAACGACAAAGGAAAGCUACGGAAGUAAUGUUGACCACAGUGCUGGGAAGGGACUGUGGGUUUGGCUAGGCACGGUGGCUGGUGGAGUCAGCUGACAGACACCGGUGCCGCCCCGCCUCUGCUUCUCAAGCUCACAGAGGCUGCCCCUCCUCAACCAGCUCUCAUUGGCAAUGGUCCCUCAGUCGAGUCCUGGACCACGUUGCAUACAGUAAAAGAAAAUAUACAAUAUUUGGCUGGAGCUGAAGAGAAAAGACAUAGGCUUCCGUGGUAAUAUCCUUGCCCCUAUAUCUUAUAGAAGUUAUGGAGAAGGAAGGAGUAGUAGAAAGCUAUCUUGAACUUUCGAUUUCUGUUCAGUCAUGUCGAAAGUGCAAGAAGAGAAGUACGACAUUAAAGAAGAAGGUAGAGAUAGAGGCGGAGGAGACUAUCAUGGAAGAAGGUUGCCAAUGCUGUAGCCGCAAGGUUAGGGUUUCAAAGUUUGACUACUCGGUGGAGAAUCACUUAAACGCCAUGGACAGAAUAUCUGAGCUUUGUGGAGAGGCAGUGAAGGAAGGUAGUGGACUCGACGAGUACGAAACUCAGCGAUUAUCUUCCUCAAUCACUUUCUUAAGAGAAUGGAGGGUAUUUAAUUAUGAGCCAAGAGAUGUAAAAUUUGCGUGUGAAGCCGAAGGUGUCACUAGUAGAAUCAACUUGCCACAGUUUUCUUCAGCAACAGUGCCUCAAGAGAGGCUACAUGGAAAUAUUACAUCUAUGGAGCCCAAAGACUUUAUAUUAUAUGUUGGAGGGUCUGUUUGGAGUUUGGAUUGGUGUCCAAGAGUCCAUGAGAAUCCUGAAUCUAGGGUUAAACGUGAGUUUAUUGCUAUUGCUGCUCAUCCUCCUGGAUCUUCUUAUCACAAGAUAGGUGCCCCACUUUCUGGCAAAGGACUUGUUCAGAUAUGGUCUCUUUUGAAUAUUAGUGAGGAAGAGGGAGAGAUUCCUCCCCUGGAGAAGCUAAAACAAGGGCGUAAGAAAAGUGUCAUCACCAAGACAAAACCGAAUGCAAUAAAGAGGCCUAGAGGAAGACCUAGGAAGAACCCACUAAUAGAACAUACAACUGCUGGGAUGGAUUGCGAAGACCAAUAUAUUGAACCCUUCUUCACCCAGGUUUCAGAGAAUGCUUCGAACUUGCUCACCAUUGAAGGUGUUCCUGGCUAUACUCAAGAAGCUUUUCCAUCAGAAAACAUUGAUCAACAAAUACAAGGGAAUUCUAUAGAGGAUUGCAGAGGUAGUAAUGCCUCAAAUGAUGGUCUAUUUGAAAUUAGCUCGACUAGUAGUUCAAUUCCAAACGAUGUUGCUCUGCCGAGAGUUGUGUUAUGCCUAGCUCACAAUGGAAGGGUUGUAUGGGAUUUGAAAUGGCGACCUUCUAAUACAAAUGAUCCCACCUGCAAGUAUCGAAUGGGCUUUCUUGCUGUCUUAUUAGGAAAUGGAUCUUUAGAAGUGUGGGAGGUUCCUCACCCUAAUACUAUUAAGGUACUCUAUACUUCUUUGCAUAGGGAAGGCACCGAUUCUCGUUUUGUAAAAUUAAAACCUGUAUUCAAAGGCUCAAUUUUGAAAUCUGGUGGCAUACAAAGCAUUCCUCUUACAGUGGAAUGGUCAACUUCACCUCCUCAUGAAUACUUGCUUGUUGGUUGCCAUGAUGGGACAGUUGCCAUAUGGAAAUUCUCAGAGAAUGUUUCCUCUAAAGACACAAGGCCUUUGCUUUGUUUCAGUGCAGAUACAGCUCCUAUUAGAUCAGUUGGCUGGGCCCCAGUGGAGAGUGAUUCAGAGGGUGCAAAUGUUAUAUUAACCGUGGGACAUGGAGGCUUAAAAUUCUGGGACAUUCGUGAUCCAUUCCGUCCUCUGUGGGAAAUUCAUCCAGCGCCAAGGAAUAUAAAUAGUGCGGAUUGGCUUCCUGAUCCAAGAUGUGUUAUUUUAUCCUCUGAUGAUGGAACAAUGAGGACACUCAGCUUAACAAAAGCUGCUUAUGAUGUACCUGCCACCGGGAAACCAUUUACUGGUACGAAACAGCAAGGGUUGCAUGCUUAUUUUUGUUUAUCCUUCGCUAUCUGGAGCGUUCAUGUUUCAAGAGAAACAGGUAUGGUUGCAUAUUGCGGUGCAGAUGGAAAUGUUCUUCGUUUUCAGCUUACAACAAAAGCAGUGGACAAAGAUCAUUCUCGAAACCGUGCUCCUCAUUUUCUGUGUGGUUCACUGACAGAGGAUGAAUCGAUUGUUACAAUCAACACUGUUAUACCAGACACUCCUGUCCCUGUACUUUUGAAGAAGUCACUCAACAAAUUCGGGGAUAAUCCAAUUGCAUUGCGAGACGUCUUAACAAGGGCAAAUCAGGCAAAGCGAGAAGAUGAUGAUAAGAUGGAAGAUCAACCUGCCUCCAGUGAUCAAAAUUUAGCUCUUUGUUAUGACAAUGAUUUGGGAGUUGAAUCCAAUCCUGAAGAAGAAACAUUAGCUUUGCUCAAGAGGCAGAAACCUUCAAAACAUGCAGAAGAGAAGCUGGCGUUGGUGUCUGUAGAUAAUGAAGCAAGAAACUCACAGAGAAAAGAGAUCGAUAAAUCUAGUAAUUUUGAAGCUCUGCCUUCGAAAGCUGUAGCCAUGCAUAAAGUGAGAUGGAACAUGAAUAAGGGUAGUGAGAAAUGGUUGUGCUCUGGAGGGGCUGCUGGAAUUGUUCGUUGUCAAGAGAUUAUUUUAUCGGAUAUUGAAAGAAAGUGGGUCAUGAAAAAAUAAGAUUAGUUAGUGGUACUCAUAAAGAGAAAAAAACAUAAUUCAUUGUUCUUCUGACAGGCUGUAUCAUUUUCUAUUUGAUUUUCUUUCCUUUUCUCUUUUUGUAAAGAUUUAACUUGCUACUUUGGAAGGCAUUUAAAUUAAAAGGUUUAUACAUAUUUUACUUGUUUA